UUAGGAGGUCGGGACGCACCCCGAGCCGCCGGCGGUGCCCCGCUGUAGGAUGGAAAGCGAGGGCGACAGUUGUUCGUGGGGAAGGAGCGAAGACCCUGAGGUCGUCCGCGAAAAACGUCUGUUUAAGUCCAGGUUGCCGGAGUGCCUCGUCCAGGUGGCGUGCGGACACCAGCACUGCGCCUUCCCGCUGAAUCGCAACGAGCUGUGCGUCUGGAAUACAGCUGGCAGCCCUGCUGCACAGCCAUUAUGUUUGUCAGGACAUCAGCAUGCAAUUUCUGCACUGUCUUUUGGAAGUAAAAUCAAUCCACUUCUAGUCUGCUCAGCUUCCCAUGAGCGUGUGAUAGUGUGGAAUCUUGAUGAAUGCACAACAAAACUGCGAGACGGGAUAACACCUCAAGGAAUUAUUAUUGGAACUCUUAUGAGAUUCGUUCUUCAUGUAAGAUUUAGUCCAGAUGAUCAACAAGUGGCAGUAUGUGCGGGAAAUCGAAUCUACAUGUUAAGUGCAAAGAAUGAAGCUAUACUAGUUAAAUUGAAUGGCCACCUGGCUCCAGUGACUGCUGCUGAGUUUUGCACGUGGGAGAAAAAUAUGCUUAUAUCGGUGUCUGAAGACAGAAGCUUCAAGGUAUGGGACUAUUCUACUGGACUGUUAAUGUAUCAGUCAGGGAUAUUAACAGCAUUUCCUUUGCUGAGUCUACUAAUUGACGAAGAAAAGAGACAGAUCAUCACUGGAUGUGCUGAAGGACAGCUUUGGAUCUUCAGUUUAAGCAGUGAUCAUAAUUACCGUUGUGUGGCACAUACUGACUUAAAGAAAGAGCAAGAGAAGUUCUAUAAUAAAAUCUGGAAAUCUGAAGAAGAAUUAGGUGGAAGGCAAAAUGCUUCUGAGCUUUGCAAAACAAACAGCAUGAAACCAGAGGGGUCAGUGGAAGCAUCAUUGCCCGUUCUCCUAAUUGAACACUGUGACUAUUCAGUAUGUUUCCACAAUGAAGAAAAUAUAUGCUGUGCCCAGAAUAGAAGCUAUUUUUGGAUAGGAACCUCUACUGGCUUGUUAUUAAUAAAUUUAGCAAACUUGGAACUGGAAGCAUUUUUAUGUUACAAAGAUUACAGUGGCCUCAGCAUUCGAUUUGCUAGAUUGUGUUCAUUAAUGAAGAAAGCAGUUAAUGGAAAGGUUUUAUGCUUGGUCACUUCAAUGUUUGAAGACAUCAUCGCUGUGUUGGAAGUUAACCCUGCUUUGUUGGUGACAUCUCAGCAGAGUGGUAUUCUUAAAAGUGGAAAUGAAGGGAGUCUAUCAGUCAUUGCCAGGUGUCCGCUGUUGCCAACAUCUCCAUUGUGUAAAAAUUUAAAUAAAAAUAAAAAACAUCCGGGUAAAACGCAUGGAGCGAAAAGCACCGUGAAAGAUCAACCACUGGUUUUUCAUAAUAAAAUUAAGUCAUCGGGUUAUACAGCUGCACCACAAAUGGCCAUGUUUUCUCCAAAUACUAAACUGAAGAAAAAUAAUGUAUCAAAGUGCAAGACCAGUUUUAAAGGUAAAAAUAAAGAAUAUCCACUGGAAAGUUCUCCUCCAAUCAACCAUGAGGCAGAAACAUCCAUUAGUUUUCAACCAACUAGAAUUUGUUGUGUUCAGUAUUCUGGGGAUGGAAAUUACCUGGCCUGUGGGCUGGCUAACAAGACUGUACUGAUAUUCAACUCUGAUCUCACCAAUACACGGCAUGUUUUUGCAGGUCAUGAUGGUGCAGUUAACUCUGUUGGCUGGAGUCAUGACAAGAAGUGGAUAGUUUCUGCAUCAGAUGAUAGAACUGUAAGGGUCUGGUCAGUCUGCAAGAAUGAACCUGCCCUAAUUCUGGGAAAAGAGAUGUUCCAGCGGGCUGUAGGCUUUGCACAAUUUUAUUUUAUGGAUACAUUUAUAUUGCUGUGCUGUGGAGCUGAAUUUCAUCUAUUAAGUUUCCAUCUAGAUGCAGCAAAGGAUGACCUAAGACGAUACAAACAGAAAAGUAUUUGCAAAUUGGUACAGAAAUUUCCCAUGGCUUCAACAGUGGAGAUUACCAGCCUUUCAGCAGUGAAUGAUUUCUACUCUUAUAUUGUACUUACAGCUGGCAGCAACCGAGCAUUGGAAGUUUUUGAUCUCAAUGCAGGCCACAGCACAGCAGUGAUACCAGAAGUUCAUACUAGAGCAGUCCAUCAGAUCUGUCAAAACAAGGGAUCAGCGUUCAGCACUCAGAAGCCUGAAGCUUACAACCUUUUCAUGACCACAGCUGUAGGAGAUGGAAUCAAACUCUGGGAUUUAAGAACUCUCAAGUGUGAACGUCGAUUUGAAGGGCAUAGUAGCCACUCCUACCCUUGUGGAAUUGCAGUAUCUCCUUGUGGGAAGUUUAUAGCCAGUGGUUCAGAUGACAAGUAUGCUUACGUAUUUGAGAUGCAUUCGAGUACCUUUUCAUAUAAACUGGGAGGACACACAGAAUCUGUCACUAAUGUGGCUUUUAGUCCCUUUUUGCCACAGAAGUUCAAAUGCAAAGUAGAAGUGGUUGAAUUGGAAUCUGAAUAG